AUUCUUUUAACAUGUAACUUUGUUUCUUUUCAACAGGAAAUGGAGUUCCUUGGAUGCACAAUUGUGGUCCUUCUAACAAUGUUGAAGAUUGCUGAAGGGCAUGGAAAAGGAUGGACUAAUGCUCAUGCUACUUUCUAUGGAGGAGCUGAUGCUUCCGGGACAAUGGAUAAGAAUAGUGGGGCUUCGUUCGUCGUUCGUUCCCGCCCAAAGCUUAAAACCCUCAGUCGCCUACGUAGAGGGGGAAGGAUCGCAGCAGUCCUAUCCAUGGGGAGUAGAGUGGAAUCAGUUGAAGAAAAAGAAGGGGAGCAUGUAGAUACCACAGAUUACUACUUCGAGAGGAUUGGUGAACCCAUUCCCAUCAAACCCGAAGACUCCCAAUUCGACUUAGAAAACCCUCCGUCUCAGGCACUCGCCGUCUCUGAACUCCGACGACUCCUCUUCGUGGCUCAUUUAUCUGGGUUUUAUGUGGCGAGAACUAAGGACGUGAUUGAUUCCGCCAAGGAGCUAAAGGAGAAGGGAAGUGGACACUCCUGUUCUAUAGAGCAGCUUAGUGUUGUGUAUGUUCCAAUCGGCCAAGUUCGUAUUCUCGCGCUUUCCAGUGACAAUUCCACUCUCGCCGUCUCCGUUGCCGCAGAUGUUCACUUAUUUUCUGUAGAAUCCCUUCUUAAUAAAGAGCUAAAAGCGUUUUUCUCCAGUCCACUUGCUGAGUCAAGUUUUGUGAAGGAUAUAAGAUGGAGAAAGAACAUGGAAAAUUCUUUCCUUGUUCUGUCAGAUAAUGGGAAGCUAUAUUAUGGAACUGUUAACAGUCCACUUAAACAUGUAAUGGACAAAGUUGAUGCUGCUGAAUGGAGUGUGAAGGGAACUUUAGUUGCAGUGGCAAAAGAAAGUAGUCUUAGCAUUUUGUCAUCUACAUUUGAUGAGAGGUUGUCUAUGGAGUUGUCAUGCAAGUCCUGGACUGGUGAUUGUGAUGAAAACUGCAGUGUAAAAGUGGAUUCUAUCAAGUGGGUUCGUCCUGAUUGUAUCAUUCUAGGACUCUUCCAAUUGACUGCAGAUGGCAACGAGGAAAAUUACCUUGUCCAAAUUGUCAGAAGCCAAGAUGGCAAACUCACUGAUGCUACUUCCAAGACUAUUCUCUACUUUGAGGAUUUGUUUGCAGGUUUGAUUGAUAAUAUUGUGCCUUCAGGAAGUGGACCUUAUUUAUUCUUGAGCUAUUUGGAGCAAUAUGAACUUGCAGUUGCUGCCAACAGGAAGAACACAGAUCAACAUAUUGUGUUGCUUGGCUGGUCAUUGGGUGAGGAGAAGGGUGAAGCUGCAGUUGUUGAUAUUGAAAGAGAUAAUUUCCUCCCAAGAAUUGAGCUUCAAGAUAAUGGUGAUGAUAAUUUGAUAAUGGGGCUUUGUAUUGACAAAGUUUCUAUCUUUGGGAAAGUGAAACUCCAUCUUGGAGGUGAUGAACAGAGGGAACUUUCACCUUAUUGUGUUCUUAUGUGCCUUACUCUAGAGGGUAAGCUUAAUGUGUUCCACAUUGCAAGUGUCAUAAAAAAUACAGGUCCGCCUGAUGUUCCAGUGCUUUCUGAUGAAGAAGAGGAAGCCCUUGCUGUGGUGCCUAAAGAAUGUGAUCUGGCUAAAGUUUCUUCUGGAUUGGAGGGAAACAAAUUAGAACCAGUGUUUUCUGGUAUUCCAUUACAGGAUGAAAAUAAAAAGGAAAUUGUCACUGGUGGAAGUAGUGAAAUUCCCACAAAAAGUGACCCAAACCUUACUUUCUGGAAUGGGAAUUUAGACAAUAAGACAUUCAAUGAAGUUACUACUGCUGAGAACCUGAAAUUGGCAUCUCCAGAAAGGGCUCAUUCUUUCGAAGCUGUUAACCAGAAUGCAGAGAGUCAAGAUAGAUUGUUCUCUUUGGAGCGAGGCAUAAGUUCAGGGGAAUUAUUUUCAAAGAAUUCUAUCCAAGGACCUGGUUUUCCGAUGAAAGAUUUUGGUAUGAUCAAUGCUCAGAAGACGGGGGAACAUGUGUCUAGUUCUGCUUCUUUUUUGGGGACUAUUGUAACUGCUACUCCAUCCCAAUCGGAUCAUAAUGAAUUGCAAAAACAUGUUGGAUUGGCUAAGGAAUCAAUGGGAAAAACUGGAUCCAUUGGAUUUCAGUCGUGGUCAAAUACAUCAUCUCCAUCAUUGUCAAGUGGAAAAGUCAUAGUUACGGAGGAGUCUAAAGUUAGAUCUUCACUUGCACCUUUUAGUUAUGUUCAAGGUUCUAGAUCUGAAACUUCUAGUUUUCCCUUGGGAGUAGCCAAUGUUCCUGGUAGCAUCAUUGGAAACCUUUCACCUUUCUCAUCUUUGAAGGAUCUUGCUGGUGCACCAACUUCAGCCGUUGUGUCAGUUAGACUGGCUGAGACGGAGGCACAGAGUGCUUCAUUAGGGGUAUUAGGGGCAGGAAAGAUUGAAUCUGUACCUCCAAUUCGUAGCUCACAAUUAUCAUCACAGUUAAAUCUUACUUCGGAAAACUCUCCCAAUCAAAAGCAUUCUCACUCCAAGGAUGACUACAGAAUGCCAUCCCAAUCAGGGAUGAUGAGAUCAGAGCCACACUUGUCAAAGCAAUUUAAUAAUAUUAAAGAGAUGGUUAAAGAAUUGGAUGCACUACUGCAAUCUAUAGAAGAAAGAGGUGGCUUCAGGGAUGCCUGCACCAUUUCUCAGAAAAGUUCAGUUGAAACGCUGGAACAGGGCAUGGUGUCUCUUUCUGACAAAUGUAGGAUGUGGAAGGGCAUUUUGGAUCAGCGGCUUGGGGAUAUAGAGUUGCUUCUUGACAAAACUGUUCAAGUUUUGGCAAGGAAAAUAUACAUGGAAGGCAUUGUCAAGCAAGCUUCAGAUAAACAAUAUUGGGAACUUUGGAAUAGUCAAAAGUUGAGUUCUGAGCUUGAGCUUAAGCGGAAACAUACGUUAAAAUUAAAUCAAGAUUUAACCAAUCAACUAAUUGAAUUGGAGAGGCAUUUCAACACUAUUGAGCUCAACAAAUUUGGUGAUAAUGAUGGAGUUCUUGCAGGCCGAAGAGCUUUACACAACAGAUCUGGACCUUCAAGAUGCAUGCAGUCCCUGAAUACUUUACAUAAUACAACGAAUUCACAACUAGUGGCUGCUGAGCACCUUUCUGAAUGUCUCUCGAAACAAAUGGCUAUGCUGAGUGUGGAGUCUCCCAUAAAACAACAGAGUGUAAAGAAGGAGCUGUUCCAGACAAUUGGAAUCCCAUAUGAUGACUCUUUCAUCUCUCCCAAUGUGAAAAAAGCUGGUGACACCACUGUGGUAAAGAAACUCACCCUUUCCUCUGAUUCUUCUGCUUCAAAAGAUCAGUCCAGGAGAUGCCAAUCAAGUGCUUUUAAAAGUUUUGAUCCAGAAACUGCUAGGAGGAGGAGAGACUCCCUAGAUCAGAGCUGGGCACAUUUUGAGCCUCCAAAAACAACCAUAAAAAGGAUGCUUUUGCCAGGUUCUCAGAAGGCAAAUGUAGAUAAAUCAUCAUUGCUGAUAGAUAAGCAAAACUUUAGCCCUUGCAGUGAAGAAGCUGCAGUCACAAGGCAAAAGGUUCACGUGACACCUUCAUCCUCCUUGCCCCAUUUUGGAAACAAAGGCAUUCAGGAUGCACUCCCAACACAGGCCUCAGAAAGCCAGCCAACCCCAUUCAGGUGGGCUAACAUCCCUCCUGGAUCAUUCCAAUCUACCGGGUGGAAGUCUCCAAUGCAAAUGAGUAACCCCACACUGUCAUCAAUACCAGCAUCCCACCCUAUCACUGGCCAAAAUCGCCCCAAUUUUACUUUAGCAACACCAGCUAGUGUGAGUUCUUAUCCUGAGAAGCCUAAUUACUUGUCUACAAGUGAGAAAGAGAUUCAGUCUACUCAGCAGUCUAAUCCUAGCCUAUAUCAAGGAUCAUCAAUCUCCCAGAUGCCAUCAUUGUCAAACAAAUCUGUUGACAUCCCAAAUUCAAAUACCAAAGGAACUGUCUCUACUAUUGGAGGUGUAAAACAUGUGCCAACAACCACAAAUCAUUCACUAUUUGAUUCCAGUAAAAAUCUUGAUUUGCAGCUUCCUCCUUCAGUUGCUGUUUCUACAUCUACUGGGCCAUCGACAACAGUUCUGCAGUUCAGUGUUCCUACCAGCAAAAGCCAGCCUGCUGAAAAGUUAUCACCACCUGCAUCCGCCUUCUUGGUGCCAGUUGCAGUUCCAUCAUCUUCAAUGUUUAGUUCAUCAGAAACUCUAUCGUCAUUAUCUGUGCCCUCAUUUACUGCAUCAACCUCAUCAUUCAUGACAUCAAUUUCUAAAUCAGUUUUGGCCCCAUCAUCUUCAGCAGUUACUUCAUCAACCACCUCCGCAUCUCUAUUUUCUAUGCCUUCCACGGUGCCAAUGUCAUUAUCUUCCAUGCAGCUUGGCAAUCCGACAACUAGUUCAACCGUCGCGAUAGAUGCUAGGCAAACUGUUUCUUCAACAUCUUCCUCAACUUCUCCCUCUCCUGUUUUUUCCUCAUCCAGUUCAUUCUCCCUUUACCCUACCAAGACAUUGGUGCCCAUGUCUACCCCUUCAUCUUCUGUUAGUUCAAAUUCAGAGUCCUCAAAAACUGAGGUCCAACCACCUGUAAAUUCAUCUGCGAUUUCAAAAUCAGAGAUAACCAAAACAGAGACACCAAAAACACAGGCCCAAUCCUCUGUUGACACAGUUACCUCAGCACCAGCAGCACCACCAAAACCUGAUUCUUCAGUUGGUGAAUUUAGUCAGAAGCCUGAGUCUGCUGUAUUAUCUGCACUUACAAUUGAAACUCCAAUGCUAUUGUCAACUGGAAGUCAGCACAGUGCCACCAAUAUUUCAAGUCCUGCAUCUGAUGUGGCAUUGAGUGCUCAGCAAGGGCCACCUUCUAGUGGAAGUGCUCUUUUUUCGGCUCCAAUGUCAACUACUAUUAGUGCCACAGGUGAAAGCCUGGAUGUUACAGGUACAGAGGAGGAUGAGAUGGAGGAGGAAGCUCCUGAGGCAAUCCAAAGACCUGAACUUAGUUUGGGAAGUUUUGGUGGUUUUGGGAUUGGCUCAACCCCUAAUUCAGCUGCUCCUAAGUCAAAUCCAUUUGGUGCUGCAUUUGGGAAUGCAGCAACAAGUCCAGCCAGCUCUCCAUUCACAAUGACAGUUCCUAGUGGAGGAGAGCUGUUCCGACCUGCAUCCUUUAACUUCAAUUCACCACAGCCUUCCCAACCAUCUCAACCAACCAGUUUUGGUUCAUUCACUGGUGGUUUUGGUGCUCCAACAACUGGUCAAGCUCCAACACCAAGUGGGUUUGGCCAGCCAGCACAGCUUGGAGCAGGACAGCAGGCACUGGGAUCAGUUCUUGGUGCUUUUGGGCAGUCACGACAGAUCGGAGCUGGUCUACCGGGAAGUGGUUUUGCUUCUGCCAGUGGUUUUGGUGGUGGUUUUGCUAAUACUCCCUCCACCGGUGGGUUCUCAAAUGCUGCAACUGGAGGUGGGUUUGCUGGUGGCGGAUUUGCGGGUAUGGCUUCCCAAGGAGGUGGGUUUGCCGCUAUGGCUUCCCAAGGUGGUGGAUUUGCUGGUGCAGCUUCUACAGCUGGAGGCUUUGCUGCUGCUGCCUCAGCUGGAGGCUUUGCUGCUGCUGCCUCAGCUGGGGGUGGUUUUGCUGGAGCUGCUGGCGGUGGCAGUGGUGGUGGUUUUGCAGGCGCUGCCUCAGCUGGUGGUGGUUUUGGUGGUUUUGGAAACCAACAAGGAACUGGCGGUUUCUCUGCCUUUGGAGGAAGUGGGAAACCUCCUGAGCUAUUCACUCAGAUGAGAAAAUAGUUUUAGAGCUCAUAGAUAUGUGAUACAAGCGGAGAGAGGAAUAUUAUGUGAAUCAACAGCAAUUAUAUUCUUGGUGAGGUUACGGAUACACAAGGCCCUUGCAAACUGGUAAGGAGAAAACUAACUUAUUUUGGAGUGACUCCAUUGAGUUGCUGGAAAUAGUUUCUUAGGGAAACGAGAUGAGGCUGAAGGCUGAAGCACAUUGUGCCCACAGUGUUCUGUAGAAACUGUCACUUGGAAAUUCAACUCAAAAGCUUUUUGUAGGAUUCACAAAAAAGAGAGAGUAAGUUUUUUGUAGUAUUGUAUUUGUAAAUUGUAACAACAGGUGUGCUAGAGGGAAAUGAUCAGAUUUGCUUUCUUUCCCGUCACCUCUGAAAGACUAUACUCUUUCAACUAUGUUUAUUUUGGCAUAGGACUAAAGACUGUAUUACUCUGGUUUAAAUUUUUUAAGAGAUUGUUGGGCAAACGGCAUGUUUUA